GUUGUCGACCUCCGAAGCAGAUAUACAGAGCAGACCACUUCUUGGAGGGAAAGGAAGAUAUACCCUACAUUUAGAGAUGCUAGAAAGGCUUCGGAUCCUCAUUCAAAAUAGGAAUGCCAACAUGGGAGCCCCAGAAGAGGGGAACAACCCCAUUCCGGACCGACAGCCUGCCACUUCUUCGGGUUCCCUCUCUCAAGGCAGCCAACGCAUGGAAGUCCACAGGUCACCCACAAGAAGCCUCGAGAAACCACCAACAAGACCCCGGGCAUUUCACUUUUGCCGAGCAAGCAGGGACAAUUCGAUAGGUGAUGGGGAAAAAGUUAGAACAUUCUGGACCUGCUGCAGUAAUUGUAAAAUCAGCCCCCAGGGCUUCAAACCCCAGGCAGAAAAGCAACAAAGCAAAUCGUGCUCCAAAAGUGACCGGCUGGAUGUUUAUUCCAGACCCCGUAACUCAAACGCAAUCAGCAUCGCCACAGAUAGCACAAAUACGGGGGGAUCUGAGACUGCAGUUUCAUCAGUAGACACCUUGGAUUCAACAUGCCAGUCCUUCAUGUCAGCUGAAUUGGACCAACCCAGCACCAUAUUGGAUGUGGAAGCCAUUGUAAAUCUCAUGGAAUGCGCUCACAGUGAAAACAAGCAGUUCCUGGACAACCACGAAGAAAAUAUUGGUUUUCUCCGCGCCAUUUCUGCAAGUUGCGUGGCUGCACAAAAAUGUGGCCAAGACACGCUGGAUCUUCCGUAUACAAAAAAUGAAUUGACUGAGGCCCUAGUGAUGGUGAUGGAGACAUUGCCCAGCCACUCAGUCCCGUCUUUCAUUCUCUCCUGUUCUAUGCUCGCUGUCUACAACCUGAGCAAAAUGAAGCCCCCUCUUGCUUCUGAGCUAGAAACAGGCAUUUUGCGGUUGUCCCUUCAUGGUGUGUUCAGCAUGGAAACGCAAGCAGGCGAUGCUCAUAGUAUGGCUCUCUACAGAUCAUCCUUUGACACCAUGGAUAUUAUGCUGAAGGGCCUGCUGUCCGAAGCACCUACCAUCAGCCAUCUCCUGUUUAUGUUAGAGCACAUCAAUUUUUGGAUUCGUUCGCAAGACCCUCAAGAGAGGUUCAGAGCCAUUAAGUGCAGUGUCUCCUUGCUUCACCAUGCUAUUCAGCAAUCAAAUUUUGAGAAAUCUGGGGAACUACCUGCUUUGGGACACCAGGUAGCACAAUUUGGAGUUUGUAUCACAGAUUCAGUGGAAGAGGUGAGCUACCAGGCCAGGGAAGCCAUUAGCUACCUUUACCAGCUCCUCCUGAAUCAGAUGGGACUGAGCACAAGGGAGGCUGGAGAAUUGUGGUGCCAGGAGUCAGAAGACAAGAAGAUGCUAGCUUAUCUUGAUGCCUGCAGGGUGGGUGAGCUAUUCAGGAAUAUCUUCACAGAGGAUCAGAAGAGAGCAUUUCUGCAGACAUCUUUGCUAGCCAUGUAUGAUCCCCUGAUGAGGAUAAGUCAGGCUGGAAUCCUUCUAGUCUAUUCCCUCUUGGGGAAGGCAGCAGAAUUAAUGCAGGAAUCGGCAGAAGACGUGGAGAAGGAGAUCUACAAGCAGCUUCACAAGCUUCGGAUUCUCCGAGAGGUGCCCGAAGCAUUGCAAAGCCUUUUCCCAAAUUAAGGUGCCAUGAUGCUGAGGACUGAAAGAACUAAACACCCAAUACAUUGUUACUUCAGAAAGGAGGACAAGAAUAGCAGGACAGAAAGAUUUUCAGUCUGUUUUCAACUGUUUCCUCUUGUAGUUUAACUUGUUUCCUCCUCCCAUCCCCGGUAGUGAGAAGCCAUUUUUUUCCUCCUUAGGAACCUUGAAGAGCCUAAAGAUUGUUUCCAUCCAGAACCAAUUUUGUGCUGGAUCACAGAACAGCAUUCAAUAUAACUGGCACUUAAAAGCACCAGGCAGCAUGUGCCUGGGCACGGCGCCACCAGGGGACCAGUGAAUGAUACACAGCCCAUUGGUGCAUCAUUCAGUGACUCCAAGAGCUACAGCCAAAUGUCUUUGUAUCAUUAUUAUUAAGGAA